UACAAAAACUGGCAUGUAAAACUGGCAUAACGGCUCUUUCAAAGAAGAUCCUACGCCUGCUCUAUAUAAUCUUAUUUUCGCCGCCAAAGAACUAUUUCAAAUACUUUCGCGCAUCAUCCCCUCCCAAACAUGAGGUAUGAAGGGAGGCAUCAUCAGAAAAACUGUAGCCUUAUCAUCCGAGCAACACCUCCAUCAAGUCAGCUCAUCUUGUUCCCUCCCAUUCCUCUCUAUCCUAGAGAAAUGUUCAGUCUUGAAGGACGUGAAGAAGAUCCACGCCCAUGCCGUCACAUGCGGCCUCUCCCACUUCGCCUACAUCACCAGUAGAAUCCUCGCUCGUUACGCCGACACCGGUGAAAUGGACGACGCAUACGAACUUUUUGAUAGUAUAACUUCUCCCACUAUCUUCAAUUGGAACACCAUUAUCAGGGGCUUCUCGAAGACCACUGAAGCUGAAAGGGGCCUACUUGUCUUCAUCAAAAUGAGGCGCAGCGCGAUCGAGCCCAACAUGCACGCUUUCCCCUUCGUAGUCAAAUCUUGUGGUGCUAUUCUUUCUUUGUUCCAGGUUCACGCUCAGGUUUUUUUGUUUGGUUUCAAUCUUGAUGUCUAUGUGACUAGCUCCUUGAUCAGAAGAUACUCCAAUUUGGGAGAGGUGGAGCUCGCUCACAAGGUGUUCGAUGAAUGCACUAUGAGAAAUGUUGUGUGCUGGACAAGCCUUAUUAGUGGGUAUUGCAGCCGUGGCCUUUUUGACAGGGCAAGACAAGUAUUUGAUGAAAUGCCUGCGAAGACUGAUGCGUCUUGGAGUGCUAUGGUUUCUGGUUACGUGCAAAACAAACGGUAUGAGGAGGCCAUAGAAUUGUUUCUUGAAUUAAAGGUUUCUUUAUCUGUAAAUCUUAACAGAUCACUAUUGGUGAGUGUUUUGAGAGCUUGCUCUGCUCUGGGAGUUUUUGAGGAGGGGAGAUGGAUCCACUCGUUUAUAGAUGGCAAAGGAUUGGACUACGGGCUUGAGUUGGGGACAGCUCUUGUAGACUUCUAUGCAAAAUGCGGAUUCAUAGAGUUGGCAAUGAAAGUGUUUGACAAAAUACAAGGUAAAGAUGUGACAGCUUGGAGUGCCAUGAUUGUUGGCCUUGCUAUGAAUGGUCACAGUCGUUUUGCAAUUCAAAUUUUCUCAGAGAUGUUAAGAAGAAAACUUAAGCCAAAUGCCAUUACGUUCAUUGGAUUACUCACAGCCUGUAAUCAUGGAGGUCUGGUUGAUGAAGGGACUACCUAUUUCAAGGUUAUGGAUUUAGUUUAUGGGAUUCCUCCUUCAAUAGAGCACUAUGGCUGCAUGGUUGAUCUUUUAAGUCGAGCAGGGAAGACCAAAGAAGCCGAACAAAUGGUAUUAUCCAUGCCAGUUGAGCCUGAUGGGGCAAUAUGGGGCUCACUGCUUCAUGGUUGCUUUGUCCAUGGAGACAAUGAGUUAGCCGAAAGAGUUGGAAGCCACAUUAUCAAGGUAGAGCCAGAACAUUAUGGGAGAUAUGUUGGAUUGGCUAAUGCAUAUGCUGCCAUGGGCAGGUGGGAGGGAGUGGCAAAGGUUAGAAGAGUUAUGAAGGAAAGGGGAGUCAUAGCCACUGCUGGCUGGAGUCUUGUUGAGGUUAAUGGGACCGCCCAUCGAUUCAUGGCGAAUGAUAUGUCACAUCCUAUGCUUCAUGAAAUCUAUGAGAUACUAAGUGACCUGACAUCGGAUAUGAUUUUGAAUUUGUGAUAGACAUUAAUAGAGUAAUGGUCGCGAGUUAGGUUUUCAGUUGGUCUCCUGAAUAGUUUGAUUUAGAUCUCAUUGUUGUGGGAAUGUGCCAAUACUGCAACUGGAUGUCUGAUAAGAUUUUUUAAGUAUAACAAGGUGGUUUGGAGCACUUGGUCGGAAAUUUAGGGAGAUUGGUUUGUUGGCUAUAACAUGCAAUGGUGGCAGAUGGAGAUGGCUUGGUGUAGAAAGCUUGGCUAGUGGUCGGUGGCUGUGAGGAGCUGGAGAGGAUAUCUUGCUAUUUGGGUUGGUUGACGCGUUGCUAGAGAGGGUUGGUUUAGCUGUGAGGGAAGAAGAAGGGUUUGAGCAGCUGGGUUUAAACGUAUCAGUUGACACAAAUUCUUUCCUGUCGCUUCUAGUCUUUUCCUAUUAUCUUGAGAUCAACAUUUUGAAAGUGAUUCUUAUGCACAAUGAAAACAAAUCAAGAGAUGGGGAAGUUAUUAAGACUACUAAAUGGGAGUUCAUUCCUACCAUUAGAUGCAAGGUGACUUCUCUUAUGGGUAGAUGAUUCUUUUGUAAGAG